UGACGAAGAAGAUGAUUGUUCCUAUUUAUGUAAUUUAUGUUCUUGCAGCCUCCCUGGGUUUUUAUAAAGAUUAUAAAGUCCCAAAAAAAGUAAAAUGGUAUAUGAUCGGCUCUACAAUGGGGGUCAUUUGUUGUGGAGAUCUGAUAGUUUGGAUUUAUGAUCCCAGAAAGAUUUGAUUUGAGUUUAACAAGUUGUCCCAAGUGAACAUCUUAAUGUUAAGAACAGUCAACUAAGGUUGUAUUUUUUCUUGCCAUAACCAGACACAUUUUCUGCCAUUUUACCAAUAAACUUAUUUCAGUAGUGUUUGCAUCAGCUCCAGGCCGACAUUACUAUCACUCUACGGCACAAUUCAGAUGAGAUUUUGCAGUAUGUUCACAUUUAACCACACGUCACUCCCCCCACGUUCUUUACUGAAAGGAGUUUUCACAUCUGAUGCUGGUGUAAACAUAAUGAUAAACAGUAUCAAAACCAAUACUGUAAGUAAUGUGAUUUGGAAAAAAAACUGAAUAAAUAAUUUGCUCUAAUACUGUAUAUCAAAAGGUUUUUGUUGCUGUUGCAUUGUGAGGAUCCUUGCUUUCACCAACCAUGGACAAACCCGGCAGUCCAUAUUUAUCCCAUUUCCUUCCUGUCUUUAACUGUGUCAUUGUUCUGUUGGGCGUAGCCCCCAACUCUCUAUGUACUCUAUGUACACUUUAUUCAGCCAACAUUGUAAGACGACCCGCACAGACAACAUCAUGGCCUGCUUGCAAAUGACUACAAUUGUGCCAGAGAAGGUAACGGCAAUGGCUAUUUUGAUGUCAGUGUUUUUUUGCUCUUCUAUGAAGACAGGAUUUGGCGUAAAGCUGACGGGGGCUUGCAGGCCUGUUUGUACUGGCAGCGACUGCAUAACGGUAAACCAGGACAGGGUGGAUUUUCCAUCAGCCGAGGAAGCAUGCCGUCACAGCAACGGAGAACUAGUGACUUAUCAGUCCCAGACAGAUAAGAGCACACUUGACAUUUUGAGUCAACAAUUGCACGGGAGCUUCUGGAUCGGACUGCAUUUGCCGGGCGUCUCCUGCAGCAACCUCUCGGCCCCACUGAGAGGCUACGAGUGGACGUCUGGUAGUGUGCACAGAAGCUUCGGCACACACUUCAGCCCCUGGAAAGAAAGCGUCAAAGUCUGCUCCCCGCGCUGUGUGUCGCUUUCCAACGGCCAUAAGUGGACAGAGAGGAUGUGCUCGGACAGAAUAGACGGCUUUCUGUGCAAGACGAAGCACAAAGAUGCAUGCCAGGCGCAGGAGUUAUCCGAUCCAAGUGGUAUCCGGAGCUCUGAAGACUGCUCAGUUGGUCCGUGUGAGCACACGUGCACGGAUGUAAAGGGAGGUUAUGAAUGCUCUUGUUUCAAAGGAUAUGCACCAAACAUAAAUCACCCCGAGCAGUGCAUACUGCACUGUGCACAACAGAAAUGCCCAGCAGUAUGUGAAAACGACCAAUGCUUCUGUCCCGAGGGCUUCAUACGGAGUGGACAAUACUGCGAGGACAUUGAUGAAUGUUUGAACGGCUGCGAUCACAACUGCAAAAACACAUUUGGAAGUUUUGUGUGCUCCUGCCGAAAUGGAUUUGUCCUGAAAGAUCAAGUCAGAUGCAUGGAAGCAGAGGGCAGUGAGAAUGAGGUCGCCACAACUCCCACCGUCAUCGCUUUUGUUAAACCAGCCACCAGUAAUCACACAGUGAAGGGCUCCUCGGUGCCUCCUGGCAGCGUUUUCUGGAUGUGGAUUUUGGUCGUGGUGGCCGUGGCGGUGUCUAUAUUUGUGAUACGGUUUUAUGUUGUGAAACGUCAGAAGCGCAGAGAGCAAAACUCCAGUCAGCAAUCUACUGUUCCUGUGGACAACAGUGAGUGUUAAAUCGAGUCCAGAGCAACUAUGUGCACCAAACUCCACUACUGAAUCUGGGUAAUGCAUGAAAGUACUUUAAUGAUACUAAUAAGCAUAAAUACAUGAAAUGAAGGGAGCUUUUUAUGGCAGUUUAUUCAGAAGUGGAUGGACUAGGCAACAGUUUUUUAAUCUGCAUAAUUAAAUGCAGAAAUAAAACUACUUAAUUCAAAAUGUAUAGAAUUUUACAUUUGAUUUUGUUUAAGGAACGUAUUUAUUCAUAAAUACAAGUAGCUAAACCAUUGCAGCGUUAACAUAAAGGAUCUUCAUUUUGUGGUUUUCCGAGGUGAAGCUGCUUUCAAGGUCUAUCGUCGUAAUUCUUCUCAUUUUAUGAGUUGAUCAUGACAUGUUAAAAAGGUCUUUUAAAAUGUAAAUCAUUUAAACGCACCUUCAGAUUUGAAACUGUUGUCCUGCGUUCUCCUCAAAUGUUUACAUACGCAUUCAACUGUUUGUAAAACGUGAGGGUUGAGUGUCUGGGAAAUGAUAUUUGUAUAUGAGACACUAGAUGGUGACUUUUUGGUUUCAUUUUGUGUUACUUACUUACUUAGUACAAUGACAAGGACACUGAAUUCAUUCAUAAAAAAAAGUCACAGACCUCACCACUCGUGCUCAGGGUGACACCUACUGUUCUUUUGAAGAAAUGCUUAUAAACAUGUUACAUAAGAACAUA